AUGAACAGGCUCAAGUCGUUGACCAAGAAUCAGAGAGACGCCGUUUCCGAUUUCUUGGUUGCGAUCACGAGAGAACUGCCACCAGCAAUGAUGAUCAAGCUGUUGAAGAAAGUCAUCUACGACAUUCUGAACAUGAACGACAUGAAUGUACUCGUGCCGCUCCGCUUGAUCACCCUGCACUAUGAGCGGUGCGGAAAGUACUACGGAUCCGGAAACCAUUACGGAGUUGCCGGAGAGCAGGAGAAGAGACUCUCCAUGCUUCUAUUCGACGCCAUCUUCGACACUCUUGGUAACCGUCCGUACGAUCCUGAACUGUUCGGAAAGGCUCUUCCAUGCAUGACGGCGAUUGGAAGUGCUAUCUCUCCGGAUUACACGCUUACCAGUGGAUUGGACGACGUCAGAAAUAAGGUAAGCCUAGUAACGGAGAUAGUUUGAUCAAGUCUGUUUUCAUGUUUUCAGAAACGAGAAGAAGAAGGCGCGUGGAUCCCAAGGACUGUGGAUGUUUCCCGUGUCGAAAUCAACAGAGACCUCGAGAAAAUGACCGAGCUCUUCGCCGAGCACUUCCACGACUCUUGGGCCAGCAGAAAGUUGGAGAAAGGAUGGGUACACGGAGAUCUUUACUCCAGAGCCAACUUCACUCAUCCACGUCUGAAGCCAUUCACACUCCUGAAAGACUUUGAAAAGUCGUUCUACAAAGAGAGAUGCUCAGAGUGCCUGAAAGCUUUGAUGGCAUGGCUCUACUCAUUCGAGAUGGUCGACAGGGACGCCAAUGAUCGAGCAGCAUCCGCCAGAACCAUCUCGGGCACUUCCAUCACUAACUUUGCUCCAAAACCAAUUGAUCUGAGCUCAAUGACUCUUGAAAAAGACAUGGUGAAUGCGGCGGAGAAAAUGGCGGAACACUCGCAUUUGGUUUGGGCAAAGAAAGUGAUGAACGAUCUGAACACGAAGGGAGGAUUCAUGCCGAUUCCACUCGUUCCCUGGGACUUGCUCACUGACUUCGAGCGACGAAAGGACAGAUUCAGAGCUUCUGAGAUUCUCAAGUUCCUACAGUACCACGGAUACCAUGUCAACUGUCCGAGGGACGAACAAUCUUCGAAUGAUCGCAUGAAAGGAGAAGGAGAAAGAUCGUCUGUCGAAAGAGAUUCGCAUACAAUCUCCUUGAGAAACUCAUCACGUACUUGGAACAAGCGAGUCUCAAGAUGAAGUCAGUGAAGCCAUCUCAAGAGCUGACCCGUCGCAAUUCGUUCAAAAAGGAAGGACAGGAUGUGAAGUUCUUCGAGAAGGUCGUACUUCCACUGAUGCAUGCCUACUUCAAUGCUCACAAGAACUAUUUCCUCGAAGGGUCGUCCAUAGUGCAGACUGGAACUGCGAGUAACAAAGAGAAAGAGAUGGUCGCCAAGUGAGUCGAACAUUUAUAUUUCAAAGAUUUUCUAUUGGGUUUCAGUCUAUUCUGCCGCUUGGCUGCGCUGUUGCGUAUCAAGAACAGAGCAUUCGGAAGUGUGGCCAAGAUCACCGUCAAAUGCCUGCAAGGGCUCACACAAGCACUCGAUUUGAGGUAAGGUAGUGCCACUGGCGCCUCUCGGUCGUUCCGAUAGACAUGAAAAUAGCUUUUGAAGAUCACAAAAUCGUCUCAUGAGGCAAAAUACUUGUCUUUGUGUGUCAUAGAAUCUGAUCUCUGCAUUUGACACCGAUUGGUUCAGAGCGGUGAAUGAUUUAAUUUUAGAACACUGGUAAAAGUCAAUUCGGACAUCGUCCGAACGUCUCUGCUCACGUUCUUCAACAACUGUGCCGAUGAUUUGUACGCUGCUGUAAACGAGCUCAAGGUGAGUAAACUUAACGCGGGUUUUUAUAUGAACAGAGGUUGACAGAAGUUUAUUUAUUACUCGGAAAUCGAAGAAUAUGAUGUAGGUGUUGAAACCGUAGUAACUUCGUUGUGAUUGUUUUAGUGAUUUGAGCACACAAAAUGAAAACCGAAAGAGUCAAAGUUGAAAUUUAGGAUGGAGGUCAAUACUCUCUGAUCAGAGGACAGGCUCUCAAAUCAUGGAACUCUUUCGAGUUUGCCAAUCAGAUGAUCGUCCCAGUUCUGACCACAAUGUUCGCGCAUUUGGCGAGAAAUCAUUUCGGAACGGACCUUCUUUGUGAGUUAGAUAACUGUAAUUAACACGUUCCAAAGAACAUCAAUUUCAGUGGAUGACAUCCAAGCAGCAUGCUACAAGAUACUGGACUCUCUGUACAUGGUCACCGGGCUCAACAGCACAAUCAGUCACCGAAAGAGCAUCAGCAGCGAGAGCGAGAAGCAUCGUCCGGGUCUCGGCCAAUGCCUCGCUGCUUUCGCUUCCUGCUUCCCGGUCGCUUUCCUCGAGCCAGAAUUCAACAAGAGCAACAAGUUUUCCGUGCUCGCUAAAUCACAAGAUCAGUCAGUUCAAGUGCAGGAAAUGCUCCAAAACCUGUCCACUCACAUCCCACAUCUCGAAAAACUCCUGACGGACCUUGAAACAGUGGCCAACAACAACACGAUGUACUCGGAUGUCCCGAAUGUUUAUGACGUGGAUCUGCCGCUGAUGUGCUCCUACAUGGCUUACUGGUUCAACGUCGGACCCGAUGGAAAGCGGGAUAGAGAGGAUCAGAGAGCGAGUGUGAUCCAGACAACGAGCGUCAGCUGCGAUCACAUCAAUCGGAUCUUCAAUUCUCUUCUGAAGAUGAUCAGGAACCACGUGGGAAUCGAGAAUGCUCCAUGGCUUUGUAGAGUUAACUGUGAGUUUUCUUCAAUGUUUGGAAUCCGUCUCAACUAUCCCUUCUUUCAGUCUUCGCUGUUCAAAUUAUCCAGAAUGUAACUUCUGACCCAGUCCGUGAAUUCGUUCUUCCGAUCGCUGAAAGGCUGAGAAGAAUGAGCGAGAAGGCGUACAAGGAAGAAGAGCACAUGAGAACGCAUCCGGACGACGCCGACGAAGGCACUGUGGCCGAGGACAACGCACGGCUGGUGCGUGACACCUACGCAUUCUUCCCGAUCCUCAUGAAGUACACGGACCUGCAUCGUGCUCAAUGGCUCAAAUCGCCCACUUGGGAAACCGACGGAGUCUAUGAGAACGUGGCGGUGAUCUUCCGAAUCUGGAGUCAAAGUCAACACUUCAAACGAGAAGAGCUCAACUACGUGGCUCAAUUCGAGGAAGACGCGGCAGCGAUGGGCGGCGGAGACAUGAAGACGGGCAAAGCGGCGAUUGCGGAGAGGAAGAAGAAGAGGAGAGAGGGCCAGGUGAGUAGCAUGGUGACAUUGAACGAAAAGAGAGAACAGGAGCUAGAACUGAGCAUUGAAUACAGGACAAGAUGAAAGAGUUUUUCGACAAGAACGGACGGCCCAUCGUAAGUUUGGCGACCCAUUUCUGUUGACGAAUAUGUUGUGUCGUCGUCCAUCCAUUCAGUUCUCUUGCUCUCGAUUUCGUUACCGCUGAAGGCAGAAUCCGUUGCUGCGCGCAUGCCCCGCCCACUUGCUUUCCUCUUCUAUCAGUCUAUCUAUUAGCCCACGUGUCUUCUGAAAUGAGUACUGUACUGAGCAGAACCGAACUGUUCUCGUUUUCAGAUCAAGAAGGACAAACAUGCAGCGAGUAUUGUGAUUGCCUGUCUGAAAAGACUGCUUCCGGUUGGAUUGAACGUCUUCGGAGGAAGGUUUGUGGAGGGAUGGAGGAUCUGUAAAAUAAAAACGGAAUUGCAGAGAACUCGACAUUGUUCAGCAGUCGAAAGAGAAGUUUAUCCAGAAAGAAGUUGAAGAGAAGAUUCGCGAGUUCAUCAAAGGACUUCUUGAGAUUCCAGUGAAGACGGACCCAACCGAUAAGAAUGCUUGGCAACUGUCAUUGUAUCGUAAAAUCGGUAAUCGGGUCGUGAAAGACAUUCAUAGAUGUUUUUGUCUUUAGGAAAAAGUCAAAUGCGUGGCAAGGAUGAAAUGUCGCAGGAAGCGGUGAUUGAAAAGAUCUUCAACAUGGGACAAGUCAGCGCCAUUCUCCACGUGGUGCGUCGUUCCCAUUCGAUUCUCUCACAGACUAGCGCUUCGCCGUCCUCGUUCCUUUGUUCUCAAUGUCUCGUGUCCACGUGUCCGUCCUUUUCAGAUCACGCGCACCAAGGAUCGACGUCGUCGGGCUCGCAACAAAUGGAAGGUAUCGUGUCGUUUUCCUCGGUUUACUCACACAUUCAUGUCCUUCGUUUUUUGAUUCUUGUAUUUAUAUGUUCAGUACUCGCGCAAAAAGAACUUCGGCCAGAUGAACCAUUCGGACGUAAGUUGCAUAGAAUGUGCAGGCCUUUCUUCUUUCUGUCGGCCUACUUUCUCUUUCUUUCUCUACUAUCAUCUUCCGUUUCUUCAAGCAAUGUCGUUCUUUUGUCAAUUGUCACGUAUUUUCUUUAGACGGAGCACCCGCAGAUGCAGUUGUCUCAAGCAUGGAAAAAGGUGGUUUCGACUCAGCGUAAACGCGCCGUCGUCGCGUGUUUCCGCAUGGUUCCGCUGUACGGAAUUCCGAGGUGAGCACCGUUGAGAACGGGGAAAAACGAGCAUGCGAGUGAGCAACUAACCCGAGCCCGGAUGCGUGUUCUAUGUUCAGUUGUGUGUUGUCAGGUCAGAAGGACGGCAAGCCUAUUAUGAUUGUUGAGGGGGAUAGACACCUCAUAAUGUGUUUGUUAGAUGACUUCUCGAAUGGAGAAGGAAGACAUCUGGAAGAAGGUGCUCACAUUGCAAAGAAAGCGAAUGGCCAUCUCGCUCAUCACGGCUUCGCAUUUGUACAAGACAGAACUGUAAGUUUGUUGCAGAAGAAGAAGACAAGCGGCCGUCGACAUUUUACACUUUGAUGCCUUGGCAAACCAACAGAUUAGAGUCUACUAACUUACUAGGAGAUCAGAUGAUGGCGCUAAUCAACACAUUUCUAGGUUAAUUGAGGAAUCAGACUGAUAUUUGAAUUCAGGCAUCGUGGCAUCAACUUCUUCCUUCCCGCUUUCUCGCGACUCUGGUUGGAAGAGGAAGACGUCGGACAGGAACAACUGAUCGCAGACAUUUGCGUGAGUUCCCUGCAUCAGUCACAAAGUUAAAGUCCCCUAUUACAGUCCGGAGUGGAAGAAGAAGAGGGGCCAAGGAUCGAGAUUAUCAUGGAAGAGGGAGUGCCGAUUGUUGCCAGUUCGGAGGAAACAAAAGACAAGGACACGAUUCCGGAUCCUCUGAAGCAGCUGAUCAGAUGCUUCCAAAGAGCAGCGACCAGCGAAGAAACUGCCGCUUCUGCAAUCCACGAGGACAGUUUGUACAUCCGCUUCGCUGACGUGAUGGCCAAGUCGAUUCACAUCGAAGAAGAAGACGGAGACGACGGAGACGAGGGAGAGAUCGAUCAGGCCGCCAAAGAGGAGCAGUCCCAGGCAUUGAGGGGAGAGCAAGAAGUGCUGGCGAGCAGAGGAGCAGCCAUCAUGUGCCUCAUGUACUUGUCGGCUUCUGGAGGAGAACCGAAUGAGAUGGUCGCACAAACUCUUCAGCUGGGCAUUCACUUGCUCAGUGGAGGAAACGUUGAAAUUCAGAAGGUGCAAACUGCUACAAACUCUUGCUCAUUCGUCUUUUUCAGAUGCUCAUUGAGUAUCUUCAACUGAAAAAAGACGUUCGUUUCUUUACUUCAAUGGCCGGUCUCAUGAACAAAUGUUCGGUGCUCAACUUGGAAAUGUUCGAGAGACAAAUCAAGGUAUCCGUGAGCACGAGGGUUUCUCGUUUUUCUUCUCCGCGUGCCACCUAAUCCCUUCUGAUUCUCCAGACGUUCCCCCAAAUGGAUGCUCCUAGACUUCUCCUCAUUACCGUUUGCCUCCACUCCCUUCCUAACUCCUAAUCCAUUUGCAGAACGUUGACGCCCAUGGCGCGAACGCACUCUCUUUGCGCCACCUCUCCUCCAAAAUCCGGCAUCGUUCGCGGCAAGACCGUCUCGGCGCUCAGGUUUUGUACCGCCCGCAUUGUACCGCCUUCUACUUCUUCUUCCCCCGAUCUUUCCCACCCCUUUGCCUGCUGCUUUUCUUCUCUGAAUAUCGAUUAGUUCUCUUCUGAGGCCACUGCUCUUUUCUUCGUCUCUCCCGGAAUGUGUGCAGUGAUUUUGAACUGAUCUUUCGUAGUUUUAUUUUCUGAAGCGACCCCCUGAACAUGGCUGGAACGAACAGUGAUUGGCUUAUUUGGAAAGUGUUGUGUUACGCUCACUCAUCGACGUAUUUCAGGCGGAGGGACUCGGAAUGGGAGCCGAGCUUGCUUCUGGAGACAAUCAGAACCUGAACGACGCCGAUUUCACGUGUUCCCUGUUCCGAUUCUUACAGCUUACUUGCGAAGGACACAAUCUCGGUUUGUAUAGAUCAACCGGAAGAAGUCUUAUUCCAAUUUCUUCAGAGUUCCAAAACUACCUGCGCACGCAACCAGGCCACACGACAAGUGUGAACCUGAUUAACUGCACCGUCGACUAUCUGCUCCGUCUGCAAGAGUCUGUCAUGGACUUUUACUGGCACUACUCGAGCAAAGAAGUCAUCGACGAGGGCGGAAAGGAAUAUUUCCUCAGGGCAAUUCAAGUUUGCAGUCAAGUAUUCAACACACUCACAGAAUCUAUCCAGGUUUGUGGAAUCAACUAUUGACGAAUCUGGAGCUGUAUUUCAGGGACCGUGCGUUGGCAACCAGAUGACACUCGCCAACUCUCGUCUUUGGGACGCCAUCAACGGAUUCUUCUUCCUGUUCGCUCACAUGAUGGAGAAGCUCUACAAGAAUUCCACCCAACUUGAGCUUCUUCGCGAGUUCCUUAACCUCCAGAAAGACAUGAUCGUUCUGAUGCUCUCCAUGCUCGAAGGAAACGUUCUGAACGGAUCCAUCGGAAAGCAGAUGGUGGACGCUCUGGUUGAAUCUCAGCCAUCCGUCGAAAAGAUACUUAAGUUCUCGGAUAUGUUCUUGAAACUCAAAGAUCUGACAACAUCUCAAGCAUUCCAAGACUUGACACUAAUCAGGACGGAUGGAUCAGUCCGAAAGAGUUCCAACGGGCAAUGGAAAGUCAGAAGAUGUACACUGUUGAGGAUAUCACUUAUCUGAUGAUGUGUACCGAUGUGAACAACGACGGAAAAGUGGAUUACAUGGAGUUCACUGAGCGAUUCCACAACCCUGCCAGAGAUAUCGGAUUCAAUUUGGCCGUGCUUCUCGUAAAUCUGAAAGAGCACAUCACAAACGAUCCGAGACUCGAGAAGAUUAUUGAAAAAGCGCAGACUCUGCUGGAGUACUUCGAUCCUUUCCUCGGAAGAAUCGAAAUUAUGGGAUCAUCGAAGAGAGUCGAAAAAAUUUACUUUGAGAUCCAAGAAUCAUGGCUCGAACAAUGGGGAAAACAGCAGAUCAGGGACUCGAAGAACUCGUUCCUUUCAAUGUUUUGCAAGACGACGGCGGAGAUCAAGGAAAACUGGAGGCGUUCAUCAAUUUCUGCGAGGAUACCAUUUUCGAAAUGCAGCACGCAGCCGCCAUUUCUUCGGGAGACAGCGACACGAAAAUGGAGAGAGCCAUCAAGCAGAGAGACUAUUUCUUGCAGCAGACAUCAGCUUCAGAGUGAGUUCACAGUUUCACAGCAUCAGAAAUGAAUCUUCUUUUCAGUCACAUCUCCGAGACGUUAAAGAGUGGAUAUAGCUACGGAAUCACAGCAGCAUCCGCCCUCAGCCCGCAGAAUAUCUCUACGACCAUCAGGAAUGUGUCGAGUUCAGUGAGACAGAUGACGUGGACUCAGAUGGUUUACGCCCUGAUCAUCCUGUUCGUCCGCGCUGGAAUGGCACUUGGUUGGGCUGGAUAUCUCCUUGUGAUGACCGUCUUCCGGUUCGCAUACUUCCUGACCACUUCUUCAGAAGAGGAGGAAUCGGCGAAACAAGAAGUCAAGGACCAAGCAAAAAUGAAUCACGAGUGAGUUCUCUUCCAUCCUUCCUCUCUUACACUUAAACUAUUCAGCCAUGCAACCUACGCUCCGCCACCAGUACAAGAGUUCCAUCACUCUCACGUGGGCGUGGAUGCAUUCGGAGUCGGAAUGAAUGCGGACCAUCUAAAUCUCAACACCCUUCCGGACUUUGUUCCACCGCCAAGACCUGAAACACCAGAAACCGGUUUGACGGAAGAAGAAAAACUGUUGAAUCCGGAGCCACAGUCCCCGACGUCUCCAACAGCAGCAGCAGCAGCAGCCAGCAAAGCGCCGAGCAUCUACGAAUCGAUCGGAGCUCCUCAAAUGGUGCAGUUGCAGUCGGAAGCGGACUUCCAGCAAGGGCAGUACGAACCGAAGAUUGCGGAAUCCAAUUCCACCAAGAGCAGAGGAUCUGUUCUCGUGAGUUAUUCCUUGCCAAUCAUUCUUCCAAAUUGCUUAUUUCUAGAACAUGCUCGCCAGAAACUUCAAGACAAUCGAAAAGAUCACGCUGUACUUGGCCUUCUUCAUCAAUGUCAUUCUUCUCUUCCAUCGAGUCGACAUAUCACAUGCGGAAGCAGCCGAAGCGGCAUCCGAAGGCGACGACGACGAAGAUUCGGUCGAGUCGAUCUUCAUCACAGGAAUGCAGUUCCCCUACAUGGAAUACGAGAUCACCGGAUGGAUGCUUUCACAGAUUCUCUACUGGAUCAGUGUUCUCCAUCUAUCCACUUCAUUCGCCCUCCUCGUUUCCUUCUACCAGCUCAAAUUCCACUCAUUACAUUCAAAAGAGAGAAGGAGAUUGCAAGAAAGCUCAUGUUCGAUGGCUGCUGGAUAACGGAAGAGGACUCGGAAGAGCUUGGAAUCGUGGACACCUUCAUGUGGUACCUCGACAGAAUCGUCAUCUCUGCCAAGUCGUUCCCAAUGAUGUACUGGGACAAGUUCGUGCGCAGAAAGACGCGGUCCAAGUUCAAGGACAACGUCGACGAAGAGACAUUGACCUCGAUCCUCGGAGAAGAGAAAGUGUCGACUGACAACAGCUAUGACUACCGCUACUCGUGCUGGCUGUGGCUCGGCGUCAUUCUCACCAACGGACAGUUCCUUUAUCGCGUCGGAUACCUGCUCUGCUCCGCCUGCGGAGUCUUCCUUUCCCCGUUCUUCUACGCGUUCCAUCUCAUCGACGUCGUGCUCUCUUUCCCUAUGUUAAAGGCUAUCCUUCAAUCAGUCACCCACAACCUCCAACAACUCAUUCUCACCAUCAUGAUGACCCUUGUGGUCGUGUACCUCUACACCGUCAUCGCCUUCAACUUCUUCCGCAAGUUCUACGUGCAAGAGGGAGAGGAUGGCGAGGAGCCGGACCGAAAGUGCCACAACAUGCUCACCUGCUUCAUCUACCAUUUCUACGCCGGAGUGCGUGCCGGAGGAGGAAUCGGAGAUGAGCUCGAGAGUCCGUACGGAGACGAUCUGGAGUAUCCGCGUAUGCUCUACGACGUCUCCUUCUUCUUCUUCGUCAUCAUUAUUCUGCUCGCUAUCAUGCAGGGUGAGUGCGCCAAUCCAGAACAACACUCCAGUUCCCAUGAUUUUGACAUUUUCCGACAGUUUAAUUCCCUUUUUUCUAGGUGUCUUAUCAGGAAAAGUAAUGAAAUGUGAUGCAACUCGAGAAAUGAGGGGUCGAGCAAAAAUUGAACGUUUCAGGUUUGAUCAUCGACGCUUUCGGAGAGCUUCGUGAUCAGCAAGAAUCGGCCACAGAGAAACUCGAGUCGUCCUGUUUCAUUUGCGAUAUUGGCAAAGAAACGUUCGAUCGGAUGCCUCGAGGCUUCGAAAUUCACACCACCAAGGAGCACAACUUCGCCAACUACCUGUAAUCAUUUGGGGUGUCAGAAGCGGCGCUCAUCAUGCUCAUUUCCAGGUUCUUCCUGCAACAUCUGGUGAACAAGGAUGAGACGGAGUACACUGGUCAGGAGACGUACGUGCGCGAGAAGUACGAUAACCGCGACUGGGACUUCUUCCCCGUCGGAGAGUGCUUCGUCAAGCAGUACGAGGACCAGCUGCUGCAGUCCUGA